AAUUAAAAUACUUAUAGAAAUAACUAGUUCCAGAAGGGUUUUAUUAAAUUUUACGUGAUUUUAUGAUUUUACAAGAGAAAGUAAAUAGAUAAAUAAUAGAAAAGUAUUAAGAAAUUAACCAUUUGACAUAAUAAAAUAUGGACUAGAAUAUUUUAAAUGUAAAGCAUAAGGAAAAGAAUUUAUAUUUGAGAGCAAACAUAAUAUAGCAAAGGGGAAAGCAUCAAACAGAAUACAUAAACCACAAAAGUAUAAGGAAGUCAUCCAGAAGAGAAAAUAGCUGCAAAAGAAUAUGAUAAUUAUUUAAAUGAUAAAUUCACUAAAGAUAUUAAUGAUUACAAGAAAUCUUUAAUAGAAUAGAAUGAUAAUAACUAGGAUAAAGAAUUAUCAUAAUUAAGUGGCUAUGUAAUUUAUUAAUAUUAAUCUUUAGGAUUAUUAAGAUGUGUAAAAUAUUAUAAAAAUAUAAACAGCUGCUAAAGCAAAGAUAGCUAG